AUGUCGACAGCCUGGGAGAACAACAGCAACUCCCCAUCUUCAGGAUUGGUCUAUACUCCUGCAGAAGAAGCCCAGCAUUUUGCUCGUUUCGAGGAGGAGUUGGGGAUCCAGUCCGAACUCAUCUCGAUUGAAGAUUUGACGAUCCUCUACGAUGAGACCAGACCGGCUAUCAUGCAGAGCCUCGUUGACGAGAUCAAUUCCAAGCAGACCACAUGGACCGCGUCGGCUGGGCAAAAAAGAUUCAAGAACUUCUCCCUGCGUGAUGCUAAGAUGCUACUUGGGACGCAGAUGAGAGGGUCAAACGACAAAGUCAUAAGAAAAGGCUACGCUAUAGAAGAGCUACAAGAUCUUCCAACUGACUUCGACGCUCGCACCGCAUUUCCCAAUUGCUCAAAGGUUAUCGGCCACAUCAGAGACCAGUCAGCUUGUGGAAGCUGUUGGGCAUUCGGUGUCACUGAGGCCUUCAAUGACCGCCUAUGUAUCAAGUCGAAUGGGACGUUCACGGAGCUCCUAUCGGCCGGCGAGAUGAAUGCUUGUGCGCCGUCCUACGGAUGCGAUGGUGGAUAUCCUGAUUCAGCCUGGUCUUGGGUGCACGAUGAAGGGAUCGCAACUGGUGAGGGCAGCCGACCGAAAGGAAUCUCGGGAUCCGAUGCGAGUUUGCUACGACUCAUCCUCGACUAUUCAAUAGUCACCCUUGUCUAA